CCGUUCGCGCUUCAAUGUUGCGGUCAGCGUGGAAUCAGAGCGCGCGAGCUUAUGGGAGGAGAGCGUGCACGAAUGAGCUAUUGGGGUUCCCAAAUAACGGGAACAGGCAGACAGACCAAAACACGCAGGCGGAUGGACGGAAAUAUAGGCAAGUGAUCUUAAAAACCAGCGAAGUAACGAGCUCUUCCCCCCUGAUGUUUUCGUGCUUUAUUUAUUUGUUUGCCUUGUUUAGUCAUGUAUCGAUUGAUUGCGUUUUAAUUACUGGCGUGUGACAAGGUGCAUGGGAGGAGGGGCGAAUCCGGCGAACACGUUGAGUUGCCUUAUUUUUCUAUAGAUUUUUAAUUUAAAUGAGCAAAAAUAAGCAGAUGGUUUUAACCAUGUUUAGUGACUUUGUGUAAAUUAAUGUGUAGCCUGUAGCUGCUAGAACAAGGAAGAGAGCUAUAGAAGAGCUAGACCAAAUAAAUUCACCAAAAAAUGCACCACAUAUCCAAGUAAUAACAAUAUCCGCUGUCUUUUAUACGUUAUACAGUCAGGGUGUGACAUCUUUUUUUUCUCUGUAUUAGAACAAAUGCAGAACCAUUAGUUUAUUUCACAAGCAGAUAACCAAAGUUAAAGCGACUGCGACCACGGGGAGAAGCAGCAGGCCAGCUGAACAUAGACAAGGACAGAAAGACUUCAGUUUACCACGGGAGAUAUGCAUUUAGCCAAUAGACGUUCGCAAACAGAGUAAAUAUAUGCCUUUGAGUGACAGAUACAUAUGUUCGGCAAGCAGACCGAACAGUUAUACCAAAUACUGUAGCUGAAUACCAAAACGAAUAGACAAACGUGAAAUUAAUAGUAAAAUAACCAACGUUUGUGUUGUUUUAAUCCGUCUAUCCGCCUGUGUGCGCGCUCUGGGAAAAUACAGUCGGGCUGCGCGCGUCUGCCUAUCUAUGCAUGUAGAUCAAAAGUAAACUACAAGCGAAAAAUGAGAGUUUUUAUUUGUAUUUAAAAAAAAAAAAAUGGAACUGGAAAACCUACGUGUAAACGCAAUUUUAUGAUUAACCAGUAUUGUGUCAAGAACGCCUGGAUCAUGGAACCAAAGUGAGAAAAAGCAUAUCUUGCCACAACUUCUAAAAUUGCAAAGAAAAAUCAACAGCAAAAAGAACAGACAAGAAGACGGAUCAUGUUUGUUCCUUUGCCGGUGCCGUUUGUCUUGCCGAGAACUGCCUCUGAUCUCCACGCCUGGCGCCUCAAGUCCCCGCUGGCUCUGCGCUCUCACUCCGAUAUCAGAAUGUUAAAGCCAAUAGAGGUUGAGAAUCCAGCGGCAGACUCUCCGAUGGAGAGCACUGACUCUGAAAGAAAUGGCUCAGAUUCAAAUAAUCAGGUUCAGCCAAUGAAAAUCAACCCUUUCUCUCUUUCUCCCACACUGAGCAGCGGCACCAAGACUAAGGUGGAGGAUUGUGGUGAGAUGUCUCCCGCUGCUGUACAAACUACACAUGCUCAGACGGCCCUUCCCCACACACAGCUGAUGCUAACAGGUGGUCAGCUCGCAGGGUUGACUGCACUUUUGCCAGCACAGCAACAGCUGCUCUUACAGCAGGCGCAGCUCCUCGCUGCAGCUGUGCAGCAGUCGCAUGCGGCCCACGUGGCCAAUCAACAGCAAGCCCAGCAGCAGGCCAGUCAGCACGCAGCUCAGCCGCAGUCGCAGGGCCAAUCGCAGAGCACACAGGAACAAACCGCCGCCCCUGUCCCGCCUCCUCCUCACCAGCUUCCUCUUUCUCAGCCAAUCCAGCUCACUGCGCAGGACAUUCAGCAGUUGCUGCAGCUGCAGCAGCUAGUCCUCGUUCCAGGACACACUCUGCCUUCACCCGCACAGUUUCUUUUACCACAAACACAGCAAGGGCAGCAAGGGCUGCUAUCAACGCCAAAUCUAAUUCCACUACCUCAGCAAAACCAAGGAAGCCUGCUGGCCGCUCCACCCAGACUUAGUCUUCAAGCACAGAGAGAGAAGGUUGCAGAGAGCAUCGUGAACACAGUGACCUCUCAUCCUGAGGAGCCCAGUGAUCUGGAGGAACUGGAGCAAUUUGCCCGCGCAUUCAAACAGAGGAGGAUCAAACUGGGCUUCACACAGGGUGAUGUGGGAUUGGCCAUGGGAAAGCUCUAUGGGAAUGAUUUCAGUCAGACCACGAUCUCUCGCUUUGAGGCGCUUAAUCUCAGCUUCAAGAACAUGUGCAAACUCAAACCUCUGUUGGAGAAGUGGCUGACUGACGCAGUGGAAGCCAACAUUCUUCAAAAUAUCUUCCUUUAUAUUCCACAGAAGAAAGAAAGUCAUACAGAAACAAUGUCAAUGGACAGCACCUUGCCAAGUCCCAGUGCUCUUUCCUCUCCUUCCCUGGGGUUUGAUGGCCUGCCUGGCCGCCGUAGGAAGAAACGCACCAGCAUUGAGACCAACAUUCGUAUCGCUCUGGAACGCAGCUUCAUCACGAACCAGAAGCCUACCUCAGAGGAGAUCCUACUCAUCGCUGAGAAGCUCAACAUGGAGAAGGAGGUGAUCCGUGUCUGGUUCUGCAACCGCCGACAGAAAGAGAAACGUAUUAACCCCUCCAGUGCCACCCCUCCCUUGCCCAGCCAACCCCAGCCCACCUCGCACAAACCCCCCUGCUACAGCCCGCACAUGAUUUCCAGUCAUGGACCAUCGCAGACAGUGAGCAGUCUCAGUACAGCAGUGACCACCAUGUCAUCAGUUUGCCCUUUGACCCCAAGCGGUCCCUCCCUAAGCUCUGCACCAUCUCCUGUAACCCCACCUCCCCGCAGUGAUGCCAGCCCCGCCCCUCCAACUCACAGUACACUAAAUCUGAACACAAGUUCAUGGCAUAAAAAGAAUGGUGACGUUUCUAACUACAUCAAUGACUUUGCUGCAAGUUUGAGGAAUACGGUGAGGGGAGUUAAAACAGGAAUGAACCAAGCUCUUCUUGGCAGCAACCCACUUGCUACUAUCCAAGCCCUAGCAGCCAGUGGUGGCCAGCUGCCCAUUUCCAGUCUUGAGAGCAGCAGCAAGGUGUUAAUUGGUGGUUCUGGAGGCCAAGGAGCAGGUCUUCCCUCUUCCCUCUUUCUCAACCACUCCUCUUUGUUGCCAAUGGCAACAGGCACCGGCAUGGGAUUGGGCGGUUCAGCUCUUGCCAAAACCUCAUUUCCUGUCACAGGCGGCAUGAGUCCCUCCCCUUGCUCGAGCCCCAUCUCUUCCUGCUCUUCCGGCGAAUUGCUACACAGCCCACACUCGAUUGGAGGGGCUAAAAUCGAGUGACGUUGCCCAAGACCAAUCACAGGAGGAGGAGAAGAAGGAGAUUAAACCUUACCUGUCAACCAAAGCAUUUCUUGAUCCCCUCGCUCCCUUUCGUUUCCUCUCAUUCACAAUCUCUCUCUUCCGCUCUCCCACUCUACUGAUGCCAAAAAUAUACAGAGUAGAAGAGGGGAGAGAUGGAGAGACGGAGUGGAAGGAGGAAGGAACAGGAGAGGAGAGAAAAUGAAACCAAAAAAAACACCACGCGGCUUAGCGGGACGCAGUCAAAUACAUAAAAGGAGAACAAAAAAAACUGUAGUGCUGUGAGAAGAGGAUGAAAAGAGAUCCUUGAGCACCAAAAACAUCAAAAAGAAUUAACUUUACUGUGUGUUAUAGAACAACUGCAACUCUUUGAAGCAAACAUGUGAAGUACUGAAUACCAAAAAGUAUGAUGGAACUUUGAGAGACUCACUAUGACAAAAAAAAUACAAGCAUACCAAAUACCAAAAACAAACACCAAAAAUACGGAUGGAAAAGCUUUAUCCAAAGGACCUGUAAAUACCCAACCGUCCAGGACCAGACCCAGUGACAACAAUCCAGCCAUCUCUGAGCUAAUCAUCAUCUGCCAUGCAAUCACAUCGUUUUCUUUCAUGUUUUUUAUGAUGUAAUGUUAAAUAUGAUUGAGACGCUGUUGUUUUUCUCUGGUUCUUCCUCAUUCUUGUCGAUUUUUUUUUCUUUUCAGAAGUAGCAGAUAUUUACAUCAGUCUUUUUGUGUGUGUAUGAUCAUCAUCAUCAUCAUCAUCAUCAUUCCAUGUCUUAUCAAGCAUAUCAAGAGGACUGUGUGUUUGGUCUUUGAUGUUCAUAAUAUUAGCACUGCAUAGCUUAAUGCACUUGUUUGUCCGAUGACAUGAAUGUCAUAUAGUAUAAUAAAAGUGAGAACAAGCUCCUCUGUAGCUUUCACGCCUCAAGUUAAGUGUAAAUACUUUCAUUUCUCUCUUAAUAAUUGUGCUUGUAUCCUUCCUCAUUCGAUUUCAUGCCUCCCUCAGUCACUUUCUCCCUUUUGAAUACCAAAGCGAUUCAUUCAUACAUGAUCAGUUCAUCAUUCUCAUGAUGCAGAAAGAGAUGGGACGGGGCAGUGGGGGGGCAAACCUUGACGAGGCCGCUCUGGUAAGACAGCAUGGCAAUAUGGGAAACAUGUGGGAUCUGUCAUGACAAAGGGGCUCCCAUCCUCUCUGCUGCUUCUACAAGCCAAAAAUUGAAGCGAAACUUCACAGCCAGCCAAACUCCCCAUAAAGGAAAACCAAAAACAAACCAAGCCAAAAAAAUGGAUGGAGGAGUAAAAUGAGUCACUGUACAGAAAAAAAGAGUAUCCCUUCAUGCUCCUCUGGACUGAGGUCACCCAGAACCAUGUAGCAAGGGAUCCGCCUCUGCCUCCUGCCAUUCAAACUCUUCCUGGUCCUGGAUGGUGGGAUCUUUGAUGACCUCACUGGACUCAUCUGAAGAAGAUGUUUCGGGUUCAUUUGGGGGUUGGGAGGGUUGUUACUUUUGGUCCUUCGUUCCGUCUGUCUGUUUUGUGGGACUUUUCUUGGCUGUGUGUGUAGAUUUGUGUGCAUUCAUUUGGGGAAAAGGUAUUCACGUAUUUGCGGAAAUCUCAUUUUUUUUUAUGUUUCUUACUUGUUCCUAUCUAGUUGUGUUAGCGACUCUAAUCAGGUGGUUGAAACAAUACUGUGAAAAUUCAGUUCAACAGAUAAGAAACCAGGAUAAACACGCUCAAGUACAUCCAAAGAACCAAAGUCGAGUAUAAACAAGCUUUAAAGAGAACCAAAUAUUACAUACACAACUAUUUACAUGCUCUCAUCCACCUUACCGUUGUAUUUAUAUCGUGCUGAAAUCUGUAGUCAGUGAGCGCUGCAGGUUCAACGAGGGACACGUGAACUCAGUUCUCUGUGUUACCGUAUAGUCCGAAUGGGUCAGUUAGUGCUUCUAUGGAUUUUGUAGUAAAUUCUCUAUGUUAUAAUGCUUACUAAUUGCUAAUGUAUGGAAGAAAAACAUUGUGAAAAGAUAAAAAAUGUUGAUAUUUACUUAGACCAAAAAUUCACACUAUCUCUCUUUUGGGUUUUCUUCCUCCCCCAUUUUAAGAAAUUGAUUUCUUUAUUUAUUAUCCUCUUGCUCGUUGAAUUUUCUUAACAAACCUUUUUAGUAUUAUAUUUAUUUAAUAUAUUCCAAAUGCUGUUUUGUAGUGGGUGUGUUUGAGGCACCAGAUUAUAUUAAAAUGUAAACUAACUUUGCCAAGGCGAUCUUUCGAACCAAAUCCAUCGACAAAUGCAACCGUUGGUCCAAAUGGACCAGACAGUAAUCGACAGCGUAUGAGCGAAGACUUGUCUUCGUGACCUCUUAGCUGUUCCUUAAUGAACCGAGCCUGUCGGGGGGAACCUAUCAGGGGACAAAGCAGCACUGUGUUACUUCUGCUCAAAUGUUUCGGUAGCAUUCAUUCAAUGCAGAAGUAACCUUCCAGAGUAAAAGCAUGCACUGCCAUGGCUUAGAAGGGAUGAGGUUCUACAGGAGCGUACACUGUAUCUGUACAUACCUGUCUCACCACUGCAGAUGUUACGGAUGGUGUUGCUAUGGUUACUGUCGUGAUGGCUACUGCAUGCAUGUGACAGCGUAGAGCACAGUGCUGCCUGAGCCUUGACCUGAAAGCUUUAAACAGCUACAAAACCAAAAACUUUAGGAGAGGAAAGAUGGAGGGAUUUGGGGUUCCUGGAUAGAAAAUACAUCAACAUGUAUGUAUAGUAUGACAGCAUAAACAUAUCAGUGCUCCAUCUUCCUCUCUUUUUGCUCUCUGCCUCACUCCUCCUCCUCUUUGUCCUAUUUCUAUUCCUGCUUUGUUUUGUAUUUAUUUCGUAGCGUGUCUGUUGUUCUGUCUCCUGGUUAGAGAGACAGUUCCUCAUAUAGCCCUACCUCACACUCUUAACAACAAACCAAAUAGAUAAAUGCUUUAAAACAGAGAAGCGGGCUGCAUCCGUCAGUAGGGGCCGAGGAGAAGUGUUUUGAUCGGUCCAGGGAACAUUUAGACGAAAAAAAUGAGGAUGAAACACUCAAAGAACUUCACUGAUGCUCUGGCAUGAACACUCCCUCGGCCCCUGGGACCACUUUUCCAGUCACCAAACACAGGGCAGGACACAUACACACACCUUGUCUUAUAUAUAUAUAUAUAUAUAUAUAUAUAUAUAUAUAUAUAUAUAUAUAUAUAUAUAUAUAUAUAUAUAUAUAUAUAUACACACACACACUUACUGUGCAUGUAUGUAUGUAUAAGUCAGAUAGGUGACUGAAGAGCAGGCGGUGACUGUUGUUGCUAGGUGACACAUUUCAUGUAUUUGAACGCAGCAGUGGAAUAAAAGGGGAAGUUUUUUAA